AUGGUGCCGCGACCCGGGAGUACUACUUCGAAUGACGGGCUAACGAUCCAAGAGGCAUCGGAGGCAGGCCAUGGGGCCAGCGACGACCAGCAGGGCUACGAAGAACAGUUUGCCGUUCCCGAUGUGGCUCCCGACGAGGGAGCCGCGAAUGGCCGCGACGUAAGUCGCGGUCCUACUGGUCGGAAGCCUGCAAAGGCCGACGACCAACAACAACCCACCGCCAAGGCGGCCGCCAAGCGCAAGUCGCCCAAGAGGAGGAAGAAGAAGAAGCUGCGCGCGUCGGACUCGGCGGAAGGGUCGCUGUCCAAGCCGCAAGGCAAGGACGCGGGGCGCUACAAUUUCACGGGCCCCUUCGUCGCGCCGGACUUCGAUAGUCUCACCAGCGUCGCCCACGCUGCGCCGAUUCUCUUCCAGAUGCUGCGUGAUUCGGGAUUCGUGCUGGGAUCUUUCGAGAUGGAGAAGCUGUGCGACUGGGACCUCAAGUCCUGGUUGCGCGCGAUUCGCGUCGUGCAGGAGCUCUUGACGAUUCUCGCCGGAUCCGUCAAACAAGACGCGACGAAUUUCUCAGCGGGCCAAGACGCGCCGAGUUCCUCGACGGGCUCAGACCAGACCUCGACGACCACGCCCUUGCCGCCACCUCGAUACCAAUCGAGUGUGGACUUCAAUAGCAGCUUCGAGUCGCGCAAGCGCAAGUCUCCGGAGAAGCUCUGCGCGCCGGAUUCAGCGGAUGGACCGCCGGUCAAGGCGAGAGGCAAUGACACAGGGAAUCGGUUCACCGCGGCAGAGAUGAGGUAUAUGCUUGCUGGAGUGGAGCUGAUCCGGCUGCUGGAGCACGAUCCGAUCCUGCGUUUCAUCAAGCCCAACGCGACCAAGUUCACGGGUCCUUUCCGGGUGCCGGACUUUGAAAUGCUCACGAACGUCACGCGAGCCGCAGGGACACUCUUCGAGAUGUUGCACGAAUCAGGCUUCAGCUUGGGCAUCACCGAGAGGACGGGGGUGUAUGACUGGGACGUCGAGUCGUGGACAC